AUGUCAAGAACAGAAAUUCGAAAUCCACAUUCUCUGAUAGUGGAAAAACAAGUGAGUCAUUAUGUCCUUUCUUUAAAUUGUCUUUAUGUAAAAAUCAUUUAGCUGACUCAAAAAGCGGCUGAAAUCUUCAAGAAUAUACGUUCUCGCAGUGAAGUAUUGCGAGGAAAAGCGGAUAAUUUGGAAAACUACUGUCGAGAAGUUACUUUGAGAACCACGCGAUCUGUUUCCAAGGUUUCCCGGAUUAAAAACGUGAAAACUGUUGAGCAGGUACAGUGUUCUAUGUUUUUCAAUUAUAAGAAUGGCAAAUGUUAUUAUCAGAUAGUUGUGGACCGCAAAGAACAACCCGAGCAACCUGUCAAAGAUGAAAAUGCUCAAGUGAAAGAGUAUGACGAAUUGUUACUGGAAAAUUUUCGCAAAAAUGAUUUCGAGGCAACGAACAAUAUUCGUUUUGUGGUAAGCAUUGACAUAACCUUUUCCUCAAAUAUAUAUUUAUCCAGAAUGCUCCUUUCAUCGUGGAAUCAUCCAUUGAAGAAAAUUACAAUAAACUGUGGAAUAGGGGACAAGAAAAUGAUGAAGGUACCGAUACGAAUGGAAAUAACGAUAUACAAGAUGAUGUUUUGGAUUCGACGUCAACUACAACUCGGAUACCGUUUGAAAAUACUGCGAUAAGUGAUCCAAGGAAAGACGACAUUUCGGCGGAUUCUGAGUCGGAUUCGGGUACUGCAACUCGUUCAAAUAAGAACUCCGCAGACACUAUGGAAACAACUGCAAAAUCUAUUGUAUCCUCCUUGGAAGACUCGGAUACAAUCGCAAGUAG